AUGAGGUUUUCCUUGAAUUAUCUAGUUCUUUUUGCUUUGAUUUUCUCUGUAAGUGGGGCUGAAAAUGAGGAAGUCACUAUAGAGGUUGUAGAAAAGCCAACAGACUGCGAACGUAAAUCAAAAGACGGAGAUCUCUUAGCCAUGCAUUAUACCGGCCGUUUGGAAAAAGAUGGCUCGAUUUUUGACUCCAGUCAUAAUCGCGGGCAGACGUUUGAUUUUACUCUUGGUAGAGGUCAGGUAAUUCAAGGCUGGGAACAAGGUCUUAAGGACAUGUGCGUUGGAGAGAAAAGGAAGCUUAGGGUUCCUGCACAUCUUGGUAAGUUAGUAGUCGACUUUGUUCGAACGAUCGAUCGAAACGCGACUCGUGUAACGGAAUGUGACGUUCAGAAAGCUAGAAUGUUUCGUCUAUGGCACGCACAUUUCAUUUGUCUGUACGACCAGCUUACAAUUGAGCGUAACUCUAAAGCUAAAUUAUUUCUUUGAAGACUCGAGAGACUGAAUAGAAACAGUGUUAAGGAAAUUUUUCUUUGUGCUGUAGCUUGAAAAGAACAGGUCACAUAAAGGCCCUUUGUUAGCUGUAAGCGUAUCUUCGAUUACCGUUUACCGUUAUGGCCAGCUUUCUGUAUAGUCCCUAGAAUAAAAAAAAAUAUUCAUUCGAAAAGAAUAUAAUGAGUAGUCAUAAGAAACAGAGCUGUUUUGCCAAACUCCCCCACCCCCCUCCCCAACCCCUUUCCAUCACUGCAUCACUGCUGUCGAGUCAACCUUAUCAGCGGUCACGCUAUAUUAAACAGUGACUUUCAAAAGUCUAGCAUGCCAAGCGCAGGGAGAAAUGCAAUGACCGGAAAUAUGUCUGUGCUUCACAGGCUAACAAAAGUCUCGUGUAGACUCGACUUUAUUAAACAGUCACUGUCAAGAUGUACCAGGUCUAUGGGCUGCAGACAUUCUUUUGGCUUGUCAUGCAGGAACCAGUGACCAACCAUUAAGAACAUAUGCAUGGGAGGCUGAGACAGAGACUGUUGGGUGGCAUUUUUACAUAUGGAAACAUUUUAUGCUCUGUAACUUAAAGUAAAUAUUUCUGACUUUCAUGUUGUAUGCACUAUGUUUGUCAGGUUACGGCGAUCAAGGAGCUGGCAGUGUGAUCCCACCAGGGGCAAAUCUUUUGUUUGAUGUGGAACUGAUAGAAAUAAAAGAGGGUGAUAGCGAAGAAGAAGGGGAUCAGGGAGGGUCCCCCCCAGAUGUGUUUGGGAUGAUCGACAAGGACAAAAACAAGGAGCUAAGCAUUGAGGAAGUCAAAGAUUACCUGAAAGAACAACAAGGAUUCCCAAAUGAUGAUGAAUCCAACCAUGAAACUAUUUUAUCCGAAAUUUUUGAACAUGAAGAUAAGGAUAAAGAUGGAGUUAUUUCAUAUGAAGAGUUCACUGGACCAAAACAUGAGGAACUUUAGAUUCUUAUUUAUAAGAAAUAAUAGCAAAAUUUAGCUGUUUUUAGUGUUGCAUUUUUCUUGAAAAUGAAGGAGUGUCUAUAUCUCUCCAAGCAAAGAUAGUCAAUGUUUGUUAUAAAAUAAUAAAAUUUCGGACAUGACAU